AUGCAGGCCCCCAAUACUGAAGAAACCAAGAACCCCAUCAGGACACCUCGCAAAACGCAACAAAUCAGUCCCUCGGAAAAGCACUCUGCCCGAAGUCUUUACAGCGAAAACGACGUAUCUGGCUUGUUCUACAUAACUUCCGUGGAGACAACCUCUGGAAUGAUGGGCACUGCAUUGCCGAAUGAGCUCCUCCGCGAGAUCUUCAUUCUCACCAGCGCGUUGCGAAUUGAGGAUGAAACCUUCACAGACACCCAUCCCUUAUCACACAGCUCUCAUCUAGACCGUUCUACUGCACUUGCGGUCCUCUCUACUUGCAAGCACUGGCGUCGUGUCGCACAGCCGCUUGUGUAUGAGACUGUCAUUCUACGGUCAAAGCCACAGACCCGAUCCUUCUUGUACACCCUCACCAACGAUCCAUCGUGCAGGCAGUUCGUUCGGCGGCUUCGACUGGAGCGCGCGUUUUCGCCGAGCAUGGCCAAGAUAUUACCUCUUCUAACACACCUUCGAGAAAUCUACAUAUCACUCGCCACCACCUCAAAAGACAAUGUCACGGGCCUAUGUGAAGGCCUAGAAAGUAUCGAUCCUGUGCGGUGCAUCGUAUAUGAUCCGCCUGAUAGAAUGCUGGCGAACAAGGCUCUUGAACAACUUUUUGACAGGCUGUGUCGACGUAUCCCGUUGUGGAGUAAUCUUAAAUACUUUCGCUUUCCCUACGAUUAUUUCGAAAUGUCAUAUAUGUGGAUGGGCGUAGGCGGGAGGCUUCGAGGUCAAAGGGCGCUUCGUCUUGCCUCCGUACUUCGUCAGGCCAGGCACCUGGAGGUUCUGUGCCUUCCUCGCGCUUAUCACAUCACAGGCCUUGUGUCUUUCAUAGUCGAUGCUUUGGAGACAAGUAACGUCAAAGCCAUAUAUUCCGAACUCCCCUACAAUGCCGAUUUCUAUGGCGCUCAGUUCAAAGAAGCCGUGGCAUCCAACGUCUUGCUUCAGAACCUAUUUUAUUUUCCACUUCCGGGUCCUUGGGUUAACCGUCCGUACGGUGUAGUCGACGAUGCACAUUCCAUUUAUAUCUUACUACACAAUGCACAGAAACAAUCGGCUCGCCUUCUAUCUGCAGUGACAGUUGUUAUAGAGGCAGGACUCCCAUUGAGUAUCUAA